GAAUGGAGACUCUCAGCAGCAGCUCAUGCAUUUGCAUUUGAUGCAGACUCUUAGCAGACUUCAGUCGGCGGAUCCAGCACCCGCGGAUGACUCUGAACUUAACCAAAAACUUUGCUCGUGGAAGGCUAGAGCAUUCAGAGACGUAAAAAACCUAUCACGACGCUUUCGUUUCUGCCUGCGAGCUAGCGACGCAGUUUUGGGUGUGAGUCAGUAAGGUCUGUUUAGACUAGCUCCGGCCUGAAAGAGUGCAGACGGAACUAGGUUUUCUGGCGGAGUAGCACUAAAUCCACAGCGCAACAGACUACCGGUGCACAGUUCACCGCUGAGCUCGAGACAGACGGAACGAGUCCGCUAAAAGUGCUCGGUGUGACUCCGAGAUGUGUUUUAAACUUUAAAAAAACAGCAACAGCAGUUUGUCUUUAGCGCCAUACCGCCGUCGUCUCCACUACUCGGAGCGCUUUAGGGACACUUGUUCCUCCGUGUUUUGUCCAAACUGACGGACUUCUCGACACUGGACGGACUUCAGCUGAACUCAAAAGAUGUCAAUUUUGCCUUUCACUCCCCCCAUUGUCAAACGACUUUUGGGCUGGAAGAAGGGAGAGCAGAACGGCCAGGAGGAGAAGUGGUGUGAAAAAGCGGUGAAGAGCCUGGUGAAGAAGCUGAAGAAGACGGGACAACUGGACGAACUGGAGAAAGCCAUCACCACCCAGAAUAUCAACACGAAAUGCAUCACUAUACCGAGAUCUUUGGAUGGCCGUCUUCAAGUUUCCCACAGAAAAGGUCUGCCCCACGUCAUCUACUGCCGUCUGUGGCGCUGGCCCGACCUGCAGUCCCACCACGAGCUGCGGGCGGUGGAGCUGUGCGAGUAUGCCUUCCACACGAAGAAGGAUGAAGUGUGUGUCAACCCAUACCACUAUCAGAGAGUAGAGACACCAGUACUCCCACCAGUGCUGGUCCCCAGACACACAGAAAUCCCCACUGAAUUCCCACCUCUGGAUGACUACAGCCAUUCAAUCCCUGAAAACACCAACUUCCCUGCUGGCAUCGAGCCCCAGAGCAACUAUAUACCAGAAACACCUCCACCAGGCUACCUCAGUGAGGAUGGAGAAACCAGUGAUCACCAGAUGACUCAUAGCAUGGACACAAGCUCCCCAAAUCUGUCACCUAACCCAGUUUCACCCACACACAAUAACUUGGACCUCCAGCCAGUGACGUACUGUGAGCCGGCCUUCUGGUGCUCCAUUUCUUACUACGAGCUGAAUCAGCGAGUCGGGGAGACCUUCCACGCCUCGCAGCCCUCGCUGACAGUGGACGGCUUUACGGACCCGUCCAACUCGGAGAGAUUCUGCCUGGGUCUUCUGUCCAAUGUCAACCGCAACGCAGCUGUGGAGCUGACGCGCAGACACAUUGGUCGUGGUGUAAGACUGUAUUACAUUGGUGGAGAAGUGUUUGCAGAGUGUCUCAGUGACAGUGCAAUUUUUGUCCAGAGCCCCAACUGUAAUCAACGCUAUGGUUGGCAUCCUGCUACAGUCUGCAAGAUCCCUCCAGGAUGUAACCUAAAGAUCUUCAACAACCAGGAGUUUGCUGCGCUGCUCGCACAGUCAGUAAACCAGGGCUUCGAGGCUGUGUACCAGCUCACCAGGAUGUGCACCAUCCGCAUGAGCUUUGUGAAGGGCUGGGGAGCAGAGUACAGGCGACAGACGGUGACCAGCACCCCCUGCUGGAUCGAGCUGCACUUGAACGGGCCCCUGCAGUGGCUGGACAAGGUGCUUACACAAAUGGGCUCCCCAAGUCUCCGCUGCUCCAGCGUCUCUUAGGGAGACCGUUCACCUGCUCAUUUCCUGUCAAUGACUAGAAACAUACAAACUGCACAUGGACGAGAACGGCUACACAAGUACUGAAAGAUGAUGAGCCCCCUCAUUCAGCCACUGUUACUUUGUUCUUCCUCCCCACCAGCUGUCAGUAGCACUUUUUAUUUACUUGUCUGUUUUGAAAGGGGACGAGUGCAUUAAAACAGUUAAAUGUUAGAAGGAUCUCUGAAUUUGACACAGCAAUUAUCUUUUGUUACCUAAAGGACCGAAGUUAUUGCUACAUGAGCUUCUUUCUGUCUGGUCUUGUUUGUUUAAACAUUACUCUCAUGGUUUUUACCUGUUUUGUACAGAUGUUAAAGCAAAUGGCUGAUUUAAGAGAAAAAAAAGUUUUAAAUUUUAACCAUUACUUUUGAAUUUGUAAUGCAUGUGUAUGCGUAUGUUAAAUGCAUUUUACAUGAUUUAGUUUCUGUUUUUGGGCAUUUAAUACUUUAUGAAAAUGUGACCCAGUCAGAGGGCUUAAAAAAGAAUUGUAUAAUGGGAAUAGUCAACCAUCAUUUAUAAACCUACAGCGUGAAGGAAUAGGAAUAUAUUUAAGCUUCUGACUGGAUGAAUAACAGGAUGUUUUAGCUGCACAGUCAAACUUCAAACAGAAACAAAGGAAAGCAAAGCUUCAGUCAAACUUGCUGCCGUUCAGGUGGUUCUUAAUCAAGCGCUGAUUUGAACCACUACCUGAAUCACAGUUACAUAUCUCACAUGUGGGAUCAUUCAGGAUGAUGCACUUUUGUAAAAUGUGGAUUCUCUGGUAAAGUGGUGUUGCAGCAGCUGCAGUGGUGCUUGUCAGUGAAUUAUAUCCUGCAUUCAUUUCAGGAAGCUUUGCCAAUUUAUAUUGUAGUGUGUUACACAUGCAGACUUGAAAACGUCUCACAUACUGUACAUUUCUGCAUUGUUAAAGAGGACCCGUUAUGCUUAUUUCUGCCUCCAGGUUUUUAUUGUUGAGCUCACUGGUCAAAAUAAUCCUCAUUUUUGUCGCUCUGAUCCUGCAUCCAGCAGCUCUGGUUGUGCUUUGACAGGAGGAGACUGUUACCUCCUCUACUCUUGAGGCCACCUUUCUUCUGAUUGGCUGACCUUUGCAAACUGAAGGUUUGAAUAGGAGGUGGAAGGCGCUUAAGAGCUGUCUGCUUGAGAUUACCUACUGUGUGCUCUUACUGGCUUCAUACAUAGCUGAACAUGGUUAAAAAACAACAACAACAAAAAAAAAAACAGUACAGGAUCUGAAGUAAUGGCCAUGUUUAAUAACAGCAUGCAGCACUGUAAAGGUACGUGUGUGUGUAUAAGAAAAAUAUAAUAGGUCCCCUUUGAACUGCAGAUUGAACAGACUUGUGUGUCUUAUGUAUGUAUCUGCAGAAUGCUUUGAAGUGCAAGGAGAGCAAAGGAUGCCUUUGCUUUUGCUAAUAUUCUCAGCCAUCCAUAAUAUUGGUCUUAAAUUUAGCCAUGCUGACUUUGUGCACUCAGGACUGUAAAAAAACAAAACAAGAAUAACAUACAGAAACCAAUGAAAAGAAGAUAUGUAUGACCUUUGAGACUUUUUAGUCUAUUUUGCUAUCAAUUAGGUUUGUAACAUGAUACAGUGGAAAAUAACUGCUGGCAGAUCUGGGGGGGUAGUAGCCCUAUAUUUUUAUUUCUUAAUAAUCUGUGAGGAUAAGACAGUUUAAGUACAAAGCACAGCUUUUAACAAAGGGACAUGUUUAGAUAAAUAAGAGGCGUGUAAAUACCAAUAGCUUCUCAAAAUCCCUUUUUUUUUCUUUUUUUUUAGGCCUGUACAUAUAGUAUAUACAUGUGUUUUAAUAAUGUGGCCAUUAGCCUUUAUAAUGUUGAUCGUUUUGGAAACAGAAGAAGAAAAAAAGAUCAAAAACUGAAGAAAAACAAAUGUUGGGAAAAGCGAUCGGAGAAAUAGAAAGACAGUCAAAGCUUUAGUCCCGUUUCCUUUCAGCCACCCACUGUGAUGGAAGUGGAACCAUUUCCUUCUUGUUCUCUAACACUAGACAAAGACUCAGUGGGUGAGCAUGAAAAAUAUUUUAAAUGUUUUUACUGUGCUUAUUUACAUUGUCCAGGCUCUUGAUGUUAACGGCAGCCCAGUGGUGCUACUCUUUAACAUUUUAGGGACUGAAGAGUAAACAACAAAGGCCCGAGAGUUUACCAUCAACGCUGGUAGAGUUUGAUCUCUUUGGAAUGAUGAUGACUUUUAAACCUGCAAACUUUAGUGGGAUGGUUUCAGAAACAGUAGCAUCUACCAAUCUGAGACGAGCCAGCUCUUUGUAGAGCUUCUAGUGUCCUCGAAUGCAGUAGUCUCGAUUCUGAUGGGCUCAUAGUCAUUGUAUUUACCCGGUAAGGAAUAUUUUUAAAGCAAAUUUGUCAUUUUUAUACAUUCUGCAAGUGGUAGUGCUUGUGUUUUGUUUUGUUUUGUUUUUUUAUCCCCUUUGUUUAAAUCCCACUCAGUAAUCUGUAUUAUUAGUUGUGAUUUCUGCUUCUGUGCUCUGAAUUGGUCUUUUUAGAUGUCUUGUACAAAACCCUUUAUUUUCUCUGCUUAUAAAGAGUUGAUGUGAUGCUUUAUAUUUCUGUGUAUUAUUGUUGUUUCGAAAAUAAAAUAUAUAUCUUGUGGUGA